AGGUGGUACUUGGGUUACAAAGUCCCGUUGGCGUCGGAGUGUACUACGGUAGAGUAUGUACUCGUGCUCGCCGUGAUGUCGACAGAGUUGCUGCUUGCUGCUGCUGCUGCUGCUAUUACUCCAUGCAUUUCGUGAUUUCGCGAUUUCGUGAUAGCCAUCGGAGCCAAAGAACAUUCUGCAUGAUUGUAGUAGUCUCACCUCCGACCCACUUCCCCAUCCACGCCCCCCGCGCCGCCUAUCUGCCGUCGUCUCCCGCUUCUGCCGCCACGGCCGCCUAUCACCUCAGAGCUGUGGGUCGAUGCUCUGGGAAGCAGUUAUCUGUGUGAUCUGAGGAAUGCAAUCCAGGCGGCAACCUGCAAGUCGUCUUCGUGCCUCCGCUCCGCUGCUCCAUGUAUGUCGAGUACUCUACACCGCAAUAACCAUGCUGCCACUGCUCGAGUUUAGCUCGAACCGAGUAACAGUUACCAGCCUCUGCUCACUAGUCUCCAAGCACUCUGGGAGCCUUCUCGGCGGGUUGCCCCUACUUCAUCCCCUGCUGCCAAUUCCUCGGAGCUUGACAUCCCUCCCUGGCCUGCCUGCCAGCAUCCCCCUACCCGCCCUCCUCGUCCUUGUUCUCGACCUCUUCCGCCUCCCACUCCAAGCCGGUGCUAUCGGUACUCUACAUUCCCACUCCGAAAGAGAGACAGAGGCGAGACUCGGAAGACAGAGACUGAAAGAGACUGAGACACAGACAGAGACAGAGCAAGAAGAAGAGAGAAGUCUCCCCACCGCGCUCGUCCUCACCUUCGAAUCCUCCCACCGGCCUAAACCACCCCCCACUCCUCUUUGCCACUCGAAGUCGCCAUUGCCAUCUAUCUCCAUAAUUACAUACUCUACAUACCUCCUACUCUGCGCGCUUCGCUCACCAGCCAACCAGCCUCUCUGGCGAAUUUGCCUGUCCCGGUUGAAGUCGAGGUAGAGUACCGACUCUCACAUACUGCCGUAUACAUCGGUCCCCUACGCGCACAAACACAGCGGUCGUCUUACAUAGUGCUCACAUA